AUGGACCUAAAUUUCGGCACCACACUUACAACCUUCGACGUGAAUUUCGCUCGACGUUCUGUUGAAUUGCUCGCAAGCAUAGCAAAAAUCGUUGGUCAAGCACGUUUGCCCGAUAGGAGUGCCGCCUGGGGAACUGCUCUGGACAUGUGGUUUCAGAUUGAGAAUGUUGAAACGGACCCUGAAAGAAGACUGCAGUAUUGA